CCAGUCCGGUUCCACCAGAGGGGCGGGGCCGGGAGAGGAGGCCGGGGCGCCGGGGCGCCGGGGCGGGCGGCCGCUGUUCUCCUGGCGUCCCGGGCUGCCCCGGCUCCCAGGCCCCGCAGUCUCAUUUGCCGUCUUCCAACGCGUGACCCCGGCGCGCUCGCGUCCCGGGCCGUUGACAGGCGCGGGGUGCGCCCAGCGGUCCCAUGUACCCCCUCCUUCUCGCGGCCGCUGCAGUCGCCGCGCCAAGCACCCCGCUCCGGCUCCUCGGCAGAGGACUCGCCGUCGCCAUGUCUACCGCAGGGCCCCUCAAAUCCGUGGACUACGAGGUGUUCGGGAGAGUGCAGGGUGUUUGCUUCAGAAUGUACACAGAAGGUGAAGCUAAGAAAAUAGGCGUGGUUGGCUGGGUGAAGAAUACCAGUGCAGGCACUGUGACAGGCCAAGUGCAAGGCCCCGAAGAGAAAGUCAAUUCCAUGAAGUCCUGGCUGAGCAAGGUUGGAAGUCCUAGUUCUCGCAUUGACCGCACAAACUUUUCUAAUGAAAAAACCAUCUCUAAACUUGAAUAUUCUAAUUUUAGUAUUCGAUACUAAUAGAAAUAAAAAUUGUUUACACUGCACAAUAGACACUACAUAUUAAGUUGAUAUACUAGGAUAAAUAGUAGCAGAUUAGAAUAGAAAAAGUAACUGUUCUGAAAGCCACAACAUUAUAUAUAUUACUAAAAAUAGUUGAGUAAAACUGUUUCAGUGUCACAUAUGUUUUUAGCAAGCAAAAGAUUAGUAUCCUAAUAUAAAAAAUGUAAUUACAAAAUAUUUAAUAUGAAUAUUUGAUUUAAACUUGUGUCAUGGAAACUUUAAUUCUAAUGAAUAUCAUAGCAUACAUGUUAUUUGGCUAGACAUAAAAUAAUGAAGUUAACCAUUUAAAAAUUGUUUUUAGUUACUGUUUGAAUUGAAUUCUGUAACCGUCCAAAUAAUAAUUUAUUAAAGUCAAGUAAUUUGUUUAAUAACAACAAAAACAAUCAGCAGAUAUAAAUGUAUAUGAUGAUCAGUAUAAUCAUGAAAUAUCAAUAAAGAGUUAAUUUUUAAAAUUCUGGUUAAGUGAGAAAAUAAUUCAGUACUUGGGUUGGAGUUAUAUAAUGCUUUCUGUGAACUAUAUUGUUCUGUAUAGUGAACAGAGGAGUGUAUAUCAAGCAGCAGGAUUUGUAUCAACAACCAUCCACGAUGGAUAUUCUAUUAACCAGAAAAGGAAUUGAGAGUUGAAAUAAAUUAUACUAUCCCUCAAA